GGACUUGGAUUCGAUCGAUCUGAGGGACCCACCCCCUGAAACACGUGCCAACGCGUUCUGCAGAUUUCCGCGUUCACGAGGUCUGAGAGUUGCGAAUAUUGUUAGGACGUAGAAGGAUGAUUGCCUUCUCAAUUCGAGGACGACUCUUAGCAGUUCGACGUUUGCAAUUAAUACAAAUACAAUUGUGCUGUAUGAGAUUCGCAUUAGCAAGCCUCGACGGCAGAGCUGCUAGGACAUAUUUAGCUUGACGCGACGAGACCAGACCAGGAAGCUGUUGCUACCCGGCGAGUGUUUCUUGCGGUCAAGACGCGUAAGUUCAAUUCGGUCCCUGUGUUCGAGCCCUGAAUAGCUAAUUCAUACGGUGAAGUUCUCAAUGAUGGCUCGAGAUCAGAUACUUGAAGAGGACAUUCUCGACCAUCUGCACCCUCUCCCGUUUCCGAGUUACGACACCGACGCUGCAAAGGCAUGGCUUGCAGACCCUCAAAGCCAGGAUUUAUCGGCUUGGAACCAGGAGAAAGCCUCCAUGUCUGGAAUAUGGCCGAUUCUCGAAGGGCUGAUCGCUGAAGUCAUUGGUAUACAAUUAAGUGCGGUACGAUACGGCGCGUACUCCGUCUGCAGGGAGGAAUGGGGAGGCCGGCCAAUGAUCAAGCGUUUGGAUCAUGACACACAGAACAGAAUAAUUAAGAGGUACACAGAAAUCUUGCAGAACCAGUGUAAGAAGGAAUGGAGACGCGACGUUGCACCCUGGAUCUCCUCGGCGUUGAGAACAUGGAUUGGCCGUGCCAUUUGCCUUUGGAAAAAUCACGAAAAGGGCACCAAACUUUAUGCAGAAAAACACAAAGCCAAGAUACACAAGAUCGCAGCGGUAGACGAGUGCCCAAUAAAUCUCACAAGGAAUAUUGUUGAAGAAAAACUGCCGCCGCUUAUCCAGCCAAAAAGUAAGACGGAGGCAAUCGCUAAUGAUCAUAUUCAGCCCGCCAUGAUGAGACCAAUCUGCAAAGAGUACGAUGAGAUUGUUAAUCACAUAGUGCGUACCAGUGAAGUGCAUGGAAACUAUAAUCUCGAACUCCAACCAUCGUGGCAUGGUUACAAGAAGGACCCAUUUGACUCGACGGCGAAAAAGUUUCGAAGAUUACUCAAAGACAGGAUAAUUGAGGAUGGCAUUGUAAAGCAAAGCAAUCGUGUCGGGGUUUACCGAUCCCUUGCGGGAGUUCACCUGGACCACUCGGUUAGGUACGAAGAUUAUCCUGAUAGAGGACUAUGUCGCUGGAUUGAAGACUAUUUCUCUGAGGGUUAUGGUGUUACUGUGAAGGCCGCAAUACAUAAAAUCAUACUCCACUGUCAACAGAGCCCUCAAGGCGUAUAUGUUCCUCCCAUUCAUCGACCCGAUGUGGCCUCACCACCAAGUAUCGCACUGGCGUCCCAGGAAUCGUCACAGCUAAACCCUGUGAUGUCAGCCACUUCAGACUGCGGAGAAUACCUAGAUUUUAUAAACAAGAUCGUGCGAAAGGCACUACACUAUAGUUAUCCACAGACCAUAUACGAGAUAGACUUUCAGUUGAGUUCGGAGGCAUUUCAUCAUCAACGUGCGGAACUGUUGGUAGGGCGAGUUUUCAGGCGUAUGGUGAAGGACAAUAUACUUGAACAUACUGGUUGUCCAAUGUACGGCGGGUAUGAAUUGUGUCCGCAAUUCGAAGCUAAACGCUUCUAUAUGCCCCGGAGACUGCCGUCAUCGGAGGCCGGAUCUAGGCUCGACACUUCCAGUGAUCAAUCCUUGCUGCGGCUUGAAAGGUUUCUUGACGUCAACAUUGACAGCAUAGAUCAGAAGGAGUUCAUCAGACUUUACGGGUCAGAUGCAGGUGCUCGUUACGAUGCAUUACAGGCAGAGUUUUUGCCUGAAAUCAAACGCGAAAUCAUCGAGGACGACGACUGUAAUUCGACUUCGACCAACAUGCCUUGUGAUCUUACGAUGGUCAACCAGACAAGAACGCAGCAUCCAGAUAGGCAGAGCCUCACAGACUCGGAUACUCAUUUCCUGCGCCAUGAACCUUCUUAUCCUCCGCCGCCGGAGAUGUUGAGUCCCAUGUCGAAUUUCGAUACCAGUAACACUGAGAUACCAGAGCUAGGAACCGAAAAGGAACAGCAGAUUGAGCCUGAAACAUCGUUGCCCAAACAUCUUGAUGUCAAAUCCAUCGUUGAGAAAAGGAUCAAAGAACUAGCCCGAAAAAGGAAACUCGAGCAGGCUGCAGCUCACGGAGAUCAACAAGCACCCAAACGGCCACAUUUCUGAGCAGCCCACAGGCCCCUGCUGCUUAAUUUCACGUCGUACCGGUUCUUUAGGAGACAAAAAGCCGCCUCUGUACACCAACACGGUUAAAGAAACCAGGCUCUGGUCUUCAAACUCUGCAAGUAGCUCUGCUAUCCAGAUCCAUGGAUGGCAUGAUGUAGAAGGGAAUCAUCGAACAGCAAGGUCCCCCGCUCAGCAGACUACUCUUCUCACUUCUGGCUCGUUCCAGAAGACGUUUUGAUAUAGGUCGGACUGAAGCUAGCCCGUCCAAUGAUUCAACAAGUACCAUGACCAGGUCUAACUUGCACUGGAGCCAAACUCAACUAUUACCAAAUUCGCCAGUCUUGUCUCCAGCAACGCAAACUGGGUAUCUUUUCUCGAUACUCUGGCAGAGUCCUGUCGAUACACAAACACUCCUCCUGCUGAAGUCUCGAUUAAAGCCAUCCCAGCAGACGCCGCUACUUUCCCGCCAAUGACUGCAAAAUACAUACUUGUGUACUAACGCAGGAUCGCAAUUCGGGAAGAGUGGAGGAGCAAGCCGAGUUCCCGCCAUUCUUGGACUUCUCCACAUACCACCUUGGGAAAUAUGAAGCUCCUUCAGCGACAGCCAAGUCUUCACCAGAAUGGCUCGGUUCAUGUCAUAUCCAGUAAUCCGGUUCAGUUUUUGACAGGAAGAGAUGGUUUUCAGUGGAGCCAGGCCAUCGCCAACUGGCACGUGAAGGAUUUGUGAUUGAGAAGAUUUAGGAGCAAGCUCCAAUUUGUCUCCAUAUUGUGGACCAUGGCUGCUUCUUCGAGUCACUGACUCGUUUCACGGGACAUGACGAGCAUGUUGUCUAGUGGAAUGUAUCGUAGUCUUACAAUUAACAAGAAUCAGGGAAAGAACGGCAGUCGUCACGAGAGUGCGAUGUGUUUUGAUUUCCGAUAAGUCAUAUUUAAUAUCUUUGGC